AUGUCAAAUGUCGAUAUUUCCAGCGACGGCUUUAUCGGCCUCGAUUAUGACUCGAGAAACUACCUCCAGCCUCAGUCAUGGCCCGUGGCGGUGGACCACCAGGCUUCCCACCGAGCAGAAGGAGCGCGAGACAUUUCUCCCUUGCAAACCAGCGGUCACGCAUUUGAACAGUCGGUAGCUCAGGAUCCCAAUCUGAUGGUCGACUGGCAAUUUCAGCACAUGCAACCCCACCUUCAGUACUCUCAUGAAGAAGCCUCCGCUCCUCAGUUCACGACCGCAAGCUAUGGGAUGCCCCUCCAGUCGUCUCCCAUUGAUUUAAUCUCUGCUACACCCCAAGGACAAUUGAGCGGAAGCCUCUUAGACGGCCCAUAUCUGCCUCUAUCCGCACCGGUUGACAUGGUUCCUUUUCCUUAUCACGAUCUGCAAUCUGACUUGAUGGCCUUUCCGUCCGAUGGCCUGGCGCAUGCCCUACCCGAGAUUCCCUCGUACGCCGCGCCGCAGAACGUAAUAGACAGCAGCUCGCCCGCGGACACGUACUUGGAGGUCCGUUCGUUGACCAGUUCGAGCAGCGACAACGGCUGGAGCACUAUUGAGCGCCGCUCGCAUGAGUACUUUCCCGACCAAGGCUUCUUCAUCAAUCCCACGCAGACAUUGCAUGACAGGAGUCUCUCAGAGUCAUCUUAUUCAACGUCGUAUGGCAGCUUUGUAGAGAUUUCGAAUCCAGUCAACUCGCCCAGCUCGGACACCAACUUUGAUGCCGCCUUUAAUAACACAAUGGCCCGACGUGUGUCAUUCGACCAUACCUCGCAUGGCUCGCAGUCACCGACUGCGGUCAGUCCUGUGGCCAUCGUGCGACCUAUUCCAGUCCCCAUGAAGAAGCCCUCAUCGCCUACACGGUCCACCGGGUCACAAGCCUCGUCUACCUCUCCCCCUACAAGGAAGCCAUCCCGCAAGAGCCCUAUUGCUGCCAAGACUGCCGAAACAAAGGUUCGGAAGCAAUCGCAAAAUGGGAAGCCGGAAACCGAGAAGCGUGUUGGAAAGCGGAAGGGCCCGCUCAAGCCAGACCAGCGGAAACAGGCCAGCGAGAUCCGCAAGUUGAGAGCGUGUCUCCGUUGCAAGUUCUUGAAGAAAACUUGCGACAAAGGCGAACCCUGUGCUGGCUGUCAGCCAUCGCACGCUCGGUUAUGGCAGGUGCCAUGUACCCGCAUAGACAUUAAGGAAAUUGGCUAUUUCAUGAAGGACUGGAAGGCUGACUACGAGCGUCAUAUCUCUCUUGGGUUCUCGGUAGGCAAUAUCAAAGGAUUCUCAGAGCAUGAGAGGACUCUCUUCAUCACCCAUGGCUAUGGUCAAAUCCUUCCCAUCAAUGCUCGCGAGGUUUAUGUGCACAACGAGCAGUGCUUUAGUGUCGACUGGGUAGAGACGUACAACCGAGGACCCACGAAAUACGAGGUGGAAACCGCUAAGCUUUCUGCUGGGAUGGAAGGGAUUUCACACGCUAUGUUAUCCGAUUAUCUCGAUCGCCAUAUCGAUGGAAAUGGCACUUUUGAGAAAUUUGUCGAUGAUUACUUUGAAGGCACUCCAUUCCUGACACAAAUGCUGAAGACCGCAUUCCGGUUCUAUUACCGUACAAAGAUGCCGGUGAUCCGCAAGGCCUUGAAACUUAUCAUUGCCUAUAACCUGACUCUCCAUGUCACGUUGGUCGAGGGCCUGGGCGAGGAAGAAGGACUUCUUGGAAAGAUUGAAGCAGAGACUUCAAAAUUCAAGGGCAAGACAUUGGCACCAGUAAUGAUCAACUUCCAAAUCAAGUGUGCUAUGGCAAACAUGUGGCGUGAGUUGCAAAAGGAUGUUCUGGAGGAGCUCUCUAGCCUCUAUUCCAGCGUCUAUAGCGGAGAGAAGCUCAAGAACUGGCCAACAAUCUUCAUCCUGGCAUCCAUCCUUUUGGCCGUGUGGGAAGAGAUGCAGUUCGACUGCCAUUACCGCACUCGGGAUGCUGCCGCUGUCGAGAAAUUCUGCAACGACAUGGAGACUACCCCCGUCGGUGUUAUUGUUGGCUUGUUCCAGGCGAUUUCGCAGAAGCUUCCCGCAUUCACCGAGUGGGAAACACAAAAGCACCACCACCUGCUGCACUCGAACCCGGAUGUCUGCAGCGCAAUGACUGAGGUUCGCCAACAUGUCACGCAAUAUGAGAGCUAUCUCCGUAGCCGCUCCAGUUCCAAAUUUGACCGCAACGACUUUGAUUGUUUAUCGAAUAAAUUUGUUUCAAGACUUGUUGUCCGCGCCAAUUAA